AUGGAUGAUUCAGAUGAAGAAUUCUCUUCUGUAGGGAUACAAACACCUUCUUCAAGAAUAUCAUCGGUAGCUCCAGAAACAACAACAUCAUCCGCAUUAAGAGAAGAUGGAGUCUCAUCAAGAACAAGAGCAAGUGGAAGUACCAAUAAAAGUAAAGGAGAAAUAAGUGAUUUGAAAAAAGCCAAUGGAUAUGCUUGGGAAGAUGAAUAUCAAAGAUCAUGGGAUAUAGUUAAAGAUGAUGAACAAGGUGGAAGUUCAUUUGAAGCUAUGGUAAAAUCAAUUAUUGAAAGUAGAAAGAAAAAGAUUAUGAAACAUCCAAGUACUCCCUUUCAAAGAGGGAUUAUUAGAACAUUAAUUGUUAUAAUUGAUUGUUCAAUAGCAAUGGCUGAAAAAGACUUAAGACCAACAAGAUUAUCAAUGACUUUGAAUUAUUUACAAGAAUUUGUUGUUGAAUUCUUUGAUCAAAAUCCAAUAUCACAAUUAGGGAUAAUUUUAAUGAGAAAUGGUGUUGCUAAUUUAGUAAGUGAAGUAAGUGGACUGCCUCAAUAUCAUAUUGAUAAAAUUAGACAAUUAAAAUCAAGACAACAUAAUCGAUUUGAACCAAAAGGUGAUCCUUCUUUACAAAAUUCUUUAGAAAUGGCAAGAUCUUUAUUAAAAUAUAAUUUUGGUUCAAAAUCAAAUAAUACCAAAAAUUCAAAAGAAGUUUUAAUAAUAUUUGGAGCUUUAUUCACAAGUGAUCCAGGAGAUAUACAUAAAACAAUAGAUAGUCUAACCAAAGAUGAAAUCAAAAUCAAAAUCAUUGGAUUAUCAGCCCAAGUUGCAAUCUGUCAAGAAUUAGUCACACGAACCAAUCAUGAACCAAAGGGGGCAAGUUCAAAGAAUUAUGGAGUCAUUAUGAAUGAAUCUCAUUUUAAAGAAUUAUUAAUGGAUUGUGUUACUCCUUUACCACUUACAGAAAAUGAACAAGAAAAACUAAACCAAUCCAAUAAAUCAGGAGUUCCUGUAAUCAAAAUGGGAUUCCCAUCCAAGAUUCAACCAAUAUUAACAUCAAGUAUAAGUAAUGUCGAUUAUACAGUCGAUUUCCCUAACUUAAACGCAUCGUUCCCCACCAGUGGUUCAGAAGACUCCCAAAAUAUAGUAGAAAUAAAUAAUAAUUCAGGCAUGACAAUCACAUCAGGAAUAAUAGGUUAUCAAUGUCCUCAAUGUAAGAGUAAAGUAUGUAAUCUACCCACGGUAUGCCCCGUUUGUGGAUUGAUGUUAAUCUUAUCCACCCAUCUAGCAAGAUCUUAUCAUCAUUUAGUACCACUUCCGCCAUAUAAGGAAGUCCCCGUUGCUGCAUCGUAUGAUAGUCAAUAUUGUUUUGGAUGUCAAUUGAAAUUCCCAAGGGGCGUCAGACCAGGUACGAAAUCAAAGGGAACGCUUGAAUCUUUGACAAGUUCAAGAUAUAGAUGUAUGAAAUGUGAAAAAGAUUUUUGUAUAAAUUGUGAUGUUUUUGUUCAUGAAGUAUUACAUAAUUGUCCUGGAUGUGAAAACAUGUAA